AGUUCACCCUUUUUGACCCCAUCUUCGUAUUGUGAAUCUUCUUUUAUAUAUGUCCAUCUCUGGCUGUCAAUCAUUUCCACACCUGUCUUUAUCGGAGAGCUGUACUAUCUUCCUCGCUAUGUAGCAACACAUUUUAUAGUAUCUUUGCGUUGUCUGUUGGCUCAUUAAUUUAAAAAGCGACGUUCAGACUUGAAUCCAAAUUGCUAAAUUUAGACUAUAGUAGUUGCGUGUACGCGUUGUUUUCCGGCAAGCUGACUGAUAUGAUUACGCGUCCCCUGUCGGGGCGUGUCACUAUAAGCUGUCCUACGUGCACAAGUUCUUUCCAAACUACCAUCAUGUCUUCAUCUGUCGCUUUUCCCCCCAGUUUCGGUUAUGUAGCAGCCGGACUGGUAACUACCGCUUGGGUUCUUGGCUGGCAGGCAAUAGUUGUAGGCAAGCACAGAAAGAAAUCCGGGAUCAAGUACCCUCAACUGUAUGCCGAGAAAGCAGAAGCUGAUGCUUCUAAAGAAGCCUUCCUCUUUAACUGCGCCCAGCGCGCCCACCAAAACACAAUCGAGCACAUGCCUCUUAUCAUCAUAAGCACUUUGGUGACUUCGAUGAAGUAUCCCGUCUUUGCUGGAUACGCAAGCGGUUUAUGGGCACUGUCCCGUGUUCUGUAUACUCUAGGGUACACCACCGGAGAUCCAGCCAAACGUAAUACACGCGGUGGCAUACUUGGUGAACUCCCUCUUUUUGGACUUUUGCUUGGUUCGACCUACGCGGCGUUUGAUCUUGUACGUUCAUCAGCUUGAAACGUUCCCGUUGAUCCACGGGAGAAAUAUGUACAUAAAAUAUGUGCAGAACGUUGUGAUCAAAAAUUAAAUAUCGAAAUUGACACGGAGAAUGAAAUUAGUUUGAGCCAAGAUA